AUGAAUAGGCUUAAGGCAUCCUUCAGGAAUUUCAAAACAAGCUUGAUAUUUGUUGCGGCCAGCUCUUCGUUCGUUACGACAUGUGUUGAGCAGUCACUCUGGGCUAAGCUGGCUCCAAGAGCUGUUAGGAACCCGCUUACGGUAGGGGAGGCCCGUCGUCUCGCACAAUGGGUUGUUUCUCCUCUCGGUCGGCUCACCUAUCCCUUGGAUGGAUCUUCGAUUCUUCUCAAAUUGGCUGGCCCAUUACUUUUGGCCUGCGCAAUUGUCAAUUCGGUUCUCGUCUCGGGUAUCGCCGUCUCGACGGAUUCAUCGUCAGAUGAUACCAUCUCCCAAGCGAACGAGGGUUUAUGGAGCGGCUUCCUUGAUGCAGCGAACUUCCAAUACAACGGCGGACUCUUCUCUGACAUCCCCAACGAAGUCGCUGCGCUGGCAUACCUUAACAACCUCUCCGUCCCACCUUCUAGCCUUUGCAAAGACUCAAACUGUUCUCUGGUGGCGCAAGCAGGGGCAAUCCAGGCAGACUGUCAAACAACCAGUGCUCCACACGCUACUAUGAGUUCAACGGACCAAGAAAAUGAAACCUACACCAGCGACUACAAUCCCGGAAUCACGGUUACCCUGACUCGGGGAAGCCCAUACACCUAUGCUAAUUUUACAUCCUGGUUCACUAAAAGCUGUGGUGAAAAUGUAAAUGUGGACUCAUGUCUGGGGGAAUUUGCAGUUGUUUUUGGCGCCUUUGUUAAUUUAAAGCCGUCAGCAACUGGUGGGCCAAUUGUGAACACGGUAGACUGUCUCCUUACAUACGGCAGUUUGAACAUCACACAGACCGGCACCGGAACUCCAGCAAUUAUGUCGGGAUCCUAUACCGAGGCAGCCUCUCCGGGACCAGAUGAUUCUUCCCUAUCUUCCAUCAAACGGAUAUAUACAGAUUCGUUUGACAGAAGCCCGUACUAUUUCACUGCUUUGUCUGGAACGGGAGACACGACGGAUACCAUCUACAACAGUCCAGUUGGCACACUGUUGAUCUCACCUAAAGGAAACUCCUCUGAUAAAGAGGUAGGCGAUCGUAUAGAGGCCAUCUUCAAUACUGCUACAUUGAUGGCAUUUGCCCGCGUUCCUGGCGCGGCGAACGUUACCAUAACAACAACGACUUCUGGUCCGAUUUACGUCUACCAUCCGCUAGUCUUGCUCAUAUUGCUAAUUCCUUUCUUUGCUACUGUUUUGGGGACAUAUCGCCGGCUAAGGAUCGAGGGGAAUAGUCUAUGCCCCGGAUACGACCCCGUUGAGAUUGCUAGACGCGGGCCUGUCCAGGGAAUCAACGACUGGAAUGGAGACAACCUUGCUGGUACUGACACGGUAAAUGACAAACAGGUUACAAUGCUGUCAGGAGAUGAUGAUAAUCAGCAGAGCUAUGGCUUACGUGUACUGUAG